UUGCUGCCGCCCCAACGGCCGCCGACGGCCGCCCCGGGGGAGGCAGCGGCACGGCAGCACGCCGGUAGCGGGAGGCCCCCGCCGGCCCGGCACAAAAACUUGGCCAACGCCGGGGAGGGGACGGGCCUCCGCGGAGCGACUAGGGGUAAAACAAGGACCGCUCCGCCGGUUGCCUCCACCGCGGUUGCCGCGCCCUUUCUCCUUCACCGGCGGAACGGCUCAGGGGAAGCCGCCGCGCGGCGCUGAAGAAGUCGCGGGGGGCCCGUUAGUACCCGGAACCAGGAUGCUGCGGCCGCGGGUAAUCGCCGUGCCUCGGCGAAACGAUGCACAUCCACCCCUUCCCCUCCCCGCCCCCGGCCGCCGGACCUGGCUAGCAACGGCUUCCGGCGGGGCGGGCGUUCAGCACCAUGGGGAGACAGCGGAGGUUCCUGGCGGCGGCAGCGGAGGAGCUGGCCGGCGCCUGCUCGGGCCAGGCGCGGUUUCUGCUGUGGACGCUCCGCAGCUCCCGAGAUAAAGAAUGUGGAUUAGAAAGGAUAUGUCCUUACUGCUUCCAGUUCCUCAGUCCUGAUAGCCACCGGGUACGUCUCAAACCGAAGAUGAAAGUGACACCACAGAUAGAGAAAGUUCUUAAACAGGAGGCAAGGAACCACAAACUUAAUAUGAAACAGACAAAGCUUUUGAAAAAAUACAGGGAGUCAAGAAGUGUUCUGCUGGUUACUUGCAACUCAUGCAACAAAACUACGAGACAUUAUGGUGUAAGCAGGGAUUUUCUGGCUACCAAGACACACAGUUCUCACACUCCAAAUAUUAAUUCUAGCCUGAAGACACCAGAUGUAAAAAUCCACUCUGCAAAGACAGUGACACCUGUAAGCUGCAGUAGGUUGGGAUCUAAAGGGAAGAGCCCCUCUUCAUUUCCCAGAGCACAUGUAUCUGGACAGAAGACAAACUCUGCUUCCAAGACACCCCGAAACUCUAAAUUCCACUUUUCUAAGCUAAAACGGAUGCUUGACCUAGAAGAAAAGGAGAAAAGCCAAAAGGCAGAUUUGAAAACCUUCUUGACUUUACUUUAGUUACAUGUUAUUUCAAAGUAAUAAAACUUACAGCAAUAA